AUGGGAACCGAGAUAAUGGAACUCAAACUCAACAUAGUGGGGCCCUCUUAUUACAGUGUGGAAGUUUGUCGAAAUCCAAUCGAAGGAAUUUUCGUGUCUCCAAGUGCCAAAAACAAAUUUGCUUGGUUCGGUGUGAUUUUCGUGCGGAAAGGCAUUUUCGGCGGCGGAAUUUUUCGUUUCAAUAUCGAGAUUCCAUUGGAAUUUCCAGAGAGUUCUGAACUUCCAAAAGUGAUUUUCAAUCAGACGAUUUUUCAUCCGUUGAUCUGUAUAAAAUCCAAAGAACUAUGUCUGAAACGCUCGUUUCCAGAUGGAUGGAAAUCGGAAAAACACAGUCUAAGUAGAGUUUUAAUUGUUUUACAGCAUCGUGACAAGUUCCGAGAAAUCGCCAAAGAGUGCGUAGAAGCCAGUCGAGCAAUGGUAUACGAUGACGUGGCAGAACAAGAGGAUGAUUCUAAUGGGAUACGACUCCUACCAUGGGACGCGCUGAUCCAUAAAACGGCUCGGGAGAAGAUGAUUCUGGUCGGAGAAGGUUCUAGAAGCCAGGGAACUGCUGCGGGCUUCCGAAGAGACCAUGUAUUCUCAAAAAUGGGACUUCAAGUUAAUGAGAUUGUCGGAAGAAGCUAUCCGAUGGCGUAUUCAUGGUUCGAUCCGGAGGAAAUGACUGUCAUCACAAAAUAUGAUGAUAUUUCGCCUGUCACCAGCGCCCGUUUGGAUCGCGAAAAACACGGAAUCGAACCUUUGGAUUUGAGCAUAAUUUCAGUAGAAGAAUCUGGAAAGAAAUUAUAA